GUGUUGCGGCAAAGCACGUGUGUGUUUAUUGAGCAAGAAUUGCGCCAUUUUUGCCGCGCAGAAACUGAAAAACGCAAUUGAAUUUUAUGAUAAUAUUCGAAUUUUUGAAUAUUUAGUUGGUUCUCUUAUUUUUUAAAAGCAUGCUGUGCCCAUAAUUGAUGUUAUUUAUAAACCCAACAACGCGGCGCAAUGUUUUAAAAUCCAAACAAAAAAAAAAAACCAAAAAAACAAAAACACAUUCGAAAAUCGAAAAUCGACGCUAAAAGGCAAACGGAACAGCUGCGGAAAAUGCUGUGAAAAACCAACGUCAGAACACGCCCGGCAAAUUGUGCUCAAAUACGGACAGCAAAAGACAACACACAAAGUAAACGAAGAUACACACAAUCGCACCUGGUGUAUAUUAUGCACGCUAAAAUCAAUAACUCAGCCGUGUACCGAGUCGCAGUCGCAGCUAAUAUAAACAACAUAAGUCAACAAAAGGCCGGAGCAUGAGCAGCCGGACGGAAAAGGAUUACGACAGCGCGACGCCGGCGCUGCAGCAACAAAUGAACCUCGCGCGGCGCGCCUGCUGGAGCAGCUGCCCGACCAGCUCCCGCUCCCGCUCCAGUUCCAGCUCCAGUUCAAGUUCCCUACAAUUGCCCGUGGCAACAGCUUGUCAGCCGGCUAGUCCAAUGAGUCCCAAUCAAAGCGUGCUCCGUUUGGCCGCAACAACCCAAUCUCCACCGAGCAAACGGCAUAGAUUCAGUCCGGGCGGCAGCUGGCAGCGGCAACUGUUGCUGCUGCUCUGCGGCAUUUGCAUUUUGCUGACCAGCAUCGAGGCACGUCCCAAUGUUAGCGCCUCCAGCGGCAGCAGCUCCAGCUCCGGCUCCAGCUCCACUUCCAGUUCCGCCUCCUCCGGCUCCAAGCCAGCGGAUGCAGUCACGCAGCUAAACUUGCCACAAACGACGUCGUCGCCUGCUUCAGCAGCUGCGUCUCCAGCUCUGCCCAAACCUGAACCGCUGACAGGUGAUACCAAGGUUGAGAAGGAUCUGUUUGAUGUGUCGCUCGACGAUGAGACGGAUGAGGCACAUCAUCACACGGAUCGCUAUCCGCUCUCCCAGGUGGACUUUGCGCGGGUCAAGACGCCGUUCAUAAUUGGCAUUUGGAUACUUUCGGCGAGCAUAGCCAAAAUCGGUUUUCACAUGACGCCCAAAUUGCAUCUGAUAUUUCCGGAAUCCUGCCUCCUUAUUGUCGUGGGCGUGGCCAUCGGCGUAGUGCUAUAUUUCUGCACAGAUGUUGCCGUCUCGCCGCUCACCCCGAACACGUUCUUCUUCUACAUGCUGCCGCCGAUAAUACUGGACGCGGGCUACUUUAUGCCGAAUCGCAUGUUCUUCGAUAAUCUGGGCACCAUCCUGCUGAUGGCCGUGAUUGGCACCAUUUUCAAUGUGGCCACAAUUGGCGGCUCCCUUUACGCGUGUGGGCUGUGCGGCGUCUUUGGCGAUGAGACGCCCAAGUUGUUGGACGUCUUUCUGUUUGCCUCGCUAAUAUCCGCUGUGGACCCGGUCGCUGUGCUUGCCGUAUUCGAGGAAAUACACGUCAACGAGAUCCUCUACAUUGUCGUCUUUGGCGAGUCCCUGCUUAACGAUGCCGUCACGGUUGUCAUGUAUCACAUGAUGGAGGUCUAUAACGAAAUUGGAUUGCCCAACAUUAUGGCACAGGACAUUGCCAGCGGCGUGGGCUCGUUUUUUGUUGUGGCCCUCGGCGGAACUGCCAUAGGCAUUAUUUGGGGCUUCCUGACGGGUCUGCUAACACGUUUCACGGAUCAUGUGCGUGUCAUAGAGCCCAUAUUUAUAUUUGUUAUGGCCUAUCUGGCAUAUCUAAAUGCUGAAAUCUUUCACAUGAGCGGCAUUCUGGCCAUAACGUUCUGCGGCAUUACGAUGAAGAACUAUGUCGAGUCGAAUAUAUCGCAAAAGUCGCAUACAACGGUUAAAUAUGCGUUGAAAAUGUUAUCCAGUUCGGCGGAGACGAUUAUAUUUAUGUUCCUAGGCGUGGCCACAGUCAACAAUAUGCACGUAUGGAAUACGUGGUUUGUGAUCUUAACCAUUGCCUUCUGCUCCGUAUUUCGUGUUAUCGGUGUCAUUCUGCUGUCGGCCAUUGCCAAUCGCUUUCGACUGCACAAAUUGUCGCGAGUGGAUCAGUUUGUCAUGUCGUACGGUGGCUUGCGUGGCGCGGUUGCCUUUGCCCUCGUCCUACUCGUCGAUGAGAAUGUGGUCAAGCAUAAGAAUAUGUAUGUAACCACAACCAUAGCUGUGAUCUACUUUACGGUGUUUGUGCAAGGCAUCACCAUAAAGCCACUUGUCAAGAUUCUCAACGUGAAGCGAGCCAACAAGCGGAAGCCCAGCAUGAACGAGCGAAUUCACGAGCGUUUUAUGGAUCACUUGAUGGCUGGCAUUGAGGAUAUUGUGGGCAAGACGGGCAACUACAAUGUGCGUGAUAAGUUCAAGCGUUUCGACAAUCGCUUCAUACGCCCCCUGCUGAUCAGAGAUCUAAAGGGCGCGGAACCGAAGAUUAUUGAGACCUACUCCAAGUUGACCAUGCGGGAUGCCAUGGAGGUGAUGCGUCGUAAUCCCUCGACAAUUGGCCAGAUGACGGGCACCGAGUCGAUGAGUGCAUUGUUUAGGAAUUAUACCAAUAAUUAUAUUGGUGGCAGGUGGGCACCGCCAACCAUAUACACCACCUGUCCCAGCCUGACAAAUCUGGACAAUUCGUGCUCCCACAACUUGGACAUGGCCGAGCUGGACUAUAAUCCAUCCAAAAAGGAUUUGACUGAUGCCAAGAUACAUCAUUUGCUAGCCGAAGAACUAAAGCCAUAUAGAAGGGCUUCCAUACAAAUGCACCGUCGUCUUAGUUAUAGCCGACACGCAGUAGAUGACAGAGAUUUGUCCACACAGGUCAAUUAUAAAAUGCAAAUGAAUUUCCGUCGCAUGUUCAACGAUCGGAAACAUCACAAGCGCAGCAAACGUGGCGCCAGCAACAAGGAGCCCAAAGAGAAUGUUAAACAGAAUCAUGUCUCGUUCCAUGAUUUCCAACAGAACGGCACCACCAAGCAGCUCUCCAAUGACUAUAUUAACGAUAUGCUUAACGAAACAGCCGAGGAAUGCCCGCAGAAUCCGAAUGAGAUCAAUGUCAUUGGACCCAGCGACGAUUGGGAUGACGGUCUCACAUUUACCGCAAAAUCAUCACCUGACUCGGAUCGCGCCAAUAAUAACUCCCUGAUAGCGCAUAUUCAAAAUCUGCCCGGUUUUGAUGCAUCCAAGGCGCGCAUCGUUCAGCAUUAUGCGCCCAAACUCGAUGACGGUCAGCAAGAUCUAGACUCGCCCGAUCCGCCAGUUGGACCCACAGCGGCCGAACUGAUCCUGCCCUGGCGACGGGAUCGUUCAUACCAGAGCAUUGUGGCCGAGCAUCCGAUACCCGAGGAAGAUCGCAAUUUAUCGCGCGACUCGGAUGGCGAACGUCGCGUGGCCACGCCCACAGCGACCGAAUCGCAGCUGCCAUGGAAGCGACAGGGCGACGAGUCCACGGACGCAGUGCAGCAGAAUGAAUUUCCCGCCUGGGCCUCGAACAAGGAGUAUCUGGCCUACAAUUCGCCAAGCGCCACCUUUCUAGGUGGCAUAAACAAGCCUAAAGCGCCCAAGUCCGUCAUAGGUCUGUUCCGUCGCGAAAGUUCCAGCUCGAAGGCCGGCAGCCUCGGCAUCGGCAGCAGCGGCGCCGUGGACGCGGCCAGCGCCAGCCAGGAUCUGAUGCUUGUGCCGCCAUUGAAUGUGAUCAAUCCGUUGAUUCAGCUGCCAUCGACAUCCAUGCACAAUCCACGGCUGGACAAUCGGUCGCAGUCCAUUUCGUCCGGCACGUUGGGCGCCCAUCUCGUUGGCCCGGACGGACAUACGGGUCCGUUUCCGGUCACGGCGAGCCAUCGCCGGAACGUGCGACGCGGCUCAAUGCUGGAGCUUAGCGGCGACACAAUACCCGAGGAGUCCACCUACCAGCACGGCCACUCCAAGUCCCUCUGCGAGCCCGGCGACGGCGAUGAUUGGGACGCGGUGCCGCUGGCUAGCACCGCCGCCGCUUCCGCUUCGGCCUCCGCGAAAGUAAUGCAUGCCGGACGUGAACCCUUGUUGCCGCGUCUCGGGCUGACGACGACGACGACGACGCCGCGCGCCCAGAUCCGGCACAUGAACGCCGGCGCGGUGGGCGGUUCGGCUGUGGGCGUGGCAGGUGGCAGAAAUCAGGUGACGAGCGCAUUGCUGGACUACGAGGAUAGCGAUACCGAGACGGAGGAGGAGGAGGAGGAUGAGGAUGAUGAUGAGGGCGAGGAUUUUGAUUUGUAUGACGAUGAGAAUAUUGUUGUGACCACGUUCACCACGCCCGCAACGCCACGCCCACACGAGCUGGGCAGACGCCAUGGCGCAGCAGCAGCUGGAGCCGCACCAGCUCCAAGCCCCGCCACGACGACGACGACGACGACGAUUCGCCUGACGCGCAACAACGACGAGAGCAUCAUUUGAGGGUCGAGCCGCUGGCGGACUCGUGCCAGGUCCAGGCGUCCUUUCCAAUACGAAAUGUUCUACUGAGAUCGGCAACGAUUACCCAUCUAUCCGUG